AUGCCCUAUCGCGCACUUGACGCUGUUGCUGUUGCUUGCAUUCUGGCCUGUCUAUGGCAGUUUCGCUCGUGGCGGAAGAACCGCGACAGGCCUCCUCUCCCUCCAGGGCCUAAGGGGCUACCCCUCAUUGGGAACAUCCUUGAUAUGCCAGAAGCAGAAGAAUGGGAGGCAGCACGGAAGUGGGGAGAGAAAUAUGGUCCUGUUAUCCAUGUCAAGAAUCUUGGAACGUCAUACAUUUUUGUCAACUCAUACCAGGCGGCCGUCGACCUGUUUGAGAAGCGCUGGUCAAUUUAUUCUUCUCGGCCGAAAAUCCCCUUGUGGGAACUAGAAAGUUGGGAUUGGUUUAUGCCAGUGAUGCCAUACGGAGAUGAACUGCGGAGGGCAAGACAAUUAAUGCAUCGCUUUUUCCAACCUGCUGCUGUUGUUGAUUACUUGGAGAUGCAAACUCAAGUAACACGCAAGAUGCUUCAAAACCUGCUCAACACUCCCGAAAUGUUCCCUGAAAUAGCUAAUCAUGCGGCCGGUGAGACCAUUUUAAAGAUGACUUACGGAUAUCAAGUCAUGGAGAAGGACGACCCGUACGUUGCCCUCGGGAUCAGGGGCUUAGAUGCCUUCGCUGAGGCAGAAGGAUUUUUCCUUGUGAAUGCCUUACCAUGGUUGAAGUACCUGCCUAGUUGGUUCCCUGGCACUCAGUUCAAGAGAAUCGCAAAGGAAGGUCUUAAGAAUUCGCUCGAUAUGUAUUAUGGCCAAUACAAGCUGGCGAAGGAGAAAUUUGCAAAAGGAUCCGUUGUUCCCUCGAUGUCUAGCAAGCUAAUUGAAGCAAGCCUAGCAGAUGACACAGUCAUCAAUGACGAGAUGUUAGUUGCGAAAGUUACAAGCACAGCGUACGGGGCGGGAGUUGACACAACUGUCUCUUCCCUUCAUUCGUUCUUGCUCGCCAUGGUCCUGUAUCCGGAAGUUCAACGACGCGCUCAAGAGGAGCUCGAUAAAGUGGUAGGAAAGGAUGCCCUUCCAUCGUUUGACGAUCGGCAGAACUUGCCGUAUCUCAAUGCUGUCAUCAAGGAGACAUAUCGCUGGCAGAUCGUUGCACCACUCGCGGCUGCGCAUACAGCGACAGAGGACGAUGUGUACAAUGGAAGCUUCAUCCCCGCCGGAGCAAUCGUUCUCCCGAAUCUUUGGGCAAUGAUGAAGGAUCCUACAACGUAUCCUAACCCGGAUCAAUUCAUUCCCGAGCGCUGGCUACCACAAGAUGGAAAGGAGUCACCUCUGGAUGUGUACAAAAUUGUUUUUGGAAUCGGUCGUCGAGUUUGCACAGGAAGGCACUUUGCAGAUAAUGCUAUUUUCAUGGGGACAGCGUCCCUCCUCGCAGCAUUCAACUUCUCCAAAGCACUCGACGAACAUGGUGUUCCUAUUACCCCGGGUCAGGAAUACUACACGCACUUUGUCAGACACCCAAGACCCUUCAAGUACUCUUUAACACCCCGGUCAGAAAAGAUUGCUUCCAUUAUCCACCAGGCGGUAGAAGCAGAGAAAUGA